GUGAUGAAAUUUAUUUUGAAAAGAUCUUAAAGCCCUUUGCGUGGAAGAAGUAAAUAGAAGUUUUAUAAAAUACGGAAUAAUAAUGGUCUAAUGUUUAAAAAUUUGAGUAAAUUGGAAAAAAAUCAUUUAAAUGAAUAUCACAGCACGUUAUUUUUCAUUUGAUGGUAUAUAUUUCAUUUAAGGAUUAUAUAUUAUUCACAAGAUAAAAUCAUUUUAUUAAAAUUAAAACAAAUGUUUUUGAUAAUUUUUUGAAACGAAGAUGACUUUUUCUAUAAUAGCUGCUAGAAAAAUGGAGAUAAAAUUAGACAAUUCUAAAUACUAGUUUAAAUAAUAAAAAAAAGGAAACAAUUUUGUUGAAUGAACGAUUGCAAAUAGAGAGAACUAGAAAUGAUUGAAAAGAAAAAGACUGUGAAUUUCUUUUAAUUGUGAACUUCUAUUAAUUGUAAAGAAACAAAUGUUAAACAUGCUUUUCACAUUCAAAAUAUUUAUUCAAGAAAUAUAGACAAAGCAAAAGAGUUUCUAAAAAAGAAUCUACUUGCGAAAAAGACUUUUUUCGAAGAAAAAUGAAUUCUGAAUUCAUAAAAAUGGACCUGAGAACAGCAAAUAUAUGUUGAUAAUCGUUCAUUUAUAUAACGUACAAAUUCUGAAUGGACUUCUUUGAAUGGAACUAGUUAUUUCAACGACUUUUAUUUUAAACAUAAUUGAACAGUUUUAGUUCAUUGGAAUUGAUUUUCACGGCUUUAGAUAUUCAGCUCGAAAAGUCGAAUGAAAACUGUCUAAAAAAAAUGGCAGACGAUUUUUUGCUAACUUCAGCUGAAGAAUGCAUCAGAAAAUUUGGAAGAAACAAUACAGAUAAAAAUGGUGAGGCCUUCUGCGAGCCAGUGUGGGAUUCAGUCCUCUGCUGGCCUGCAGUACCAGCUGGAGAGACAGCCUGGCGGUCGUGCUGGUACGUCCUGCAGUACAUUCCAUCCUUAGAUGUCAAAAGCGUUGUGCUUCCCCCAGGUGCAAAAGCCUACAGAAUCUGCGACAAGGAUGGAAAAUGGCUUUGGGGCAACUGGACAAACUACAGCGAAUGUUUAAACUUUACUACAACAGAUGCCCCGAAGGCCCCACUGACAGUGAGUCUCAUCCUCCUGAUCUGCUCUAUGAUCUCGCUUUUUUUCCUCUCCGUCACCAUCUUCAUCUUCUUCUACUUCAAGUCCUUGCAAUGUUCGAGAUUACGAGUUCAUCGGAAUCUAGUCUUGGCUCUUAUCGUCCACUCUUUAAUGUUAAUCGUCAUUUCACUGCCUGUCGUAGGAGGAAACAGCAUCCCAUCGUACCGAGAUAUUAAUUGGCUUUGCAAGACGGUAGUGUCUAUCAAGAUGUACGCGGCCCUCUCCAGCAUCAACUGGAUGUUCGUGGAAGGGAUGUUGCUGCACAGCCGAAUCACCACCAACAUCUUCCAGAAGGAUGCACCUUUCAAACUCUACUACCUCAUCGGAUGGGGUAUUCCUAUGAUUUUAAUCAUCAGUUGGUGCUACAUGAUGAAUACGCAGCUGAAAGGCGAUUGUUGGGAGGGAUACGGCCGAUCUCCGUAUGUCUGGAUCAUCACGGGUCCUAUGAUUGGAGCACUAGGGAUUAAUCUCAUAUUCCUCGUGAAUAUCGUUCGAAUCCUGGUAACGAAAAUGAAAACGAGCUCCACAUUUGAAAUUAUACAAGUGAGACGUGCUAUGAAAGCGACUGCUUUACUUUUCCCCCUUCUGGGCAUCACCCAUCUGUUAUUCUGCGUCAACCCCAGAGACGAUAGCAAGCUGGAAGAGGCCUACAUGAUCACCAACGCCACCCUUCAGUCAUCCCAGGGAAUAUUUGUCUCUAUUCUGUACUGCUUUAUGAAUAUAGAGGUACAGACGGUUGUGCGCAAGGCGUACGUACGUGCCGCCCUGCGCCGCAACCCGAACCAUCGGUACACAUGGAAAUGUCGUACCACUCGGGCCUCUCAGACCAGUACUUAUGUCUCCAAUUGCGACACCUCCGUCUCGGAUCCCUCUCUCUCCGGUGCACGCGCAGUUUAUAUCAUGCGGGAUAUGAGGCGACUCGACAGCAAAGGACACUUCAAAUACCAUGGAAGGAGGUCUGACAUGAACUCCAUGGAUAUAAGCGAUGUCUGAAAACGCCAUUUUCCCGCCUUUUUUCUCUCACGCUGAUGUUACUUGGUGCUUUCUUCAAACGGCAUCUGAUUUCAUUUGUAGAUAGAUAUCUUCUGUAUGUGUGAAACAAUAAAAUGCUUC